GAGCCCAUCAGAGGAGAGUGAUUGUGCCUGUCUUCAAAAGGUAAUUGGAGAAACAAAAGCUACGUUCUCAGGAGGAAAUAAUCCCCACCACGGAACGUGACUUGCAAUACAAAUGAAGGGCUAGAGCCGUUCAGCAAGCUAGAGUGAACCUGGAGGGGACAGGGAUGCUGCAAAGAGGACAUUGCAAGAUACAUUUGGUAGAGUUAAAAGAAAUCUCACCUGAUUAGAAAUAACAUCUCCAGGAAGGAAGUAAUCAAAAAUCUCUGAUGGUUAUCAUCGCAAAAAGGACCUGUAGACCUGCUUUUGUGCCAUGAAGAUUUUCCUUGAAUUUCAAGUGUUGCGGUCCCCCUGGAGCAUCCAGACGCUCUGCAGAUUAUUCCACCAGUAUCACAGGGCUUUUGCACCUUUGAAUUUCUCAGAUUAUGAAGCCAUCAAUCGCUGUGAAAAGGAAGUGCCUGAAUACUUUAAUUUUGCAAGUGAUGUCCUGGACAAGUGGUCUCAAAUAGAAAAGGAACGAAAGGGACCAUCAAACCCAGCCCUGUGGUGGAUAAAUGGAAAAGGAAGUGAAGUGAAGUGGAGCUUCGAAGAGCUGGGCAUCCUGUCUCGAAAAGCAGCCAACGUGCUUUCUGGCCCCUGUGAUCUACAAAGAGGAGACCGAGUUAUAGUAAUUCUACCCCGAAUCCCGGAGUGGUGGCUGCUGAACGUGGCUUGUAUGCGAACAGGUGUUAUCUUCAUCCCAGGGACAACACAACUGACAGCAAAAGACAUUUGCUAUAGAUUGCUAACUUCCAAGGCUAAGUGCAUUGUUACCACCGAUGCACUUGCUCCUGCAGUGGAUUCGGUUGCAUCCAAGUGCCAGUCUCUGAAAACAAAGCUAAUUGUAUCUGAGAGCAGCAGGGCCAAGUGGCUGAACUUCAGCAAUUUGUUCAAGGCUGCCCCUGCUGUCCAUGACUGCGUGAAGACAAGAAGCCAGGACCCAAUGGCAAUCUAUUUUACCAGCGGCACCACCGGCUCCCCCAAAAUGGUUGAACACUCCUACGGAAGCUUUGGUCUGGGAUUUUUUCUUUGUGGAAGAUACUGGAUGAAUGUGACUCCCUCAGACAUCCUGUGGAACAUGUCAGACACUGCUUGGGUAAAGGCAGCUGUUGGAAGUGUUUUUGGUCCGUGGUUCCAGGGUACAUGUGUUUUUAUACAUGCCAUGCCACAGUUUGAUCCAAGAGCAAUCUUAAACACCUUGUGCACGUAUCCAGUGACAACGCUGUGCAGUGCCCCAACCAGCUACAGCAUGUUGGUACAGCACAACAUCACCAGUUACACAUUUAAGGCACUGAAGCACUGUUUGACUGGAGGGGAACCACUCAACCCAGAAGUGAUGGCACAGUGGAAAAGGCAGACAGGACUGGAUAUCUAUGAAGCCUACGGCCAGACAGAAACCGGAAUGGUAUGUGCAAAUAUGAAAGGAAUGAAAAUUAAGCCAGGUUCCUUGGGAAAGGCGGCUACCCCCUAUGAUGUUCAAAUUGUAGAUGAAAAUGGCAGCAUUCUUCCUCCUGGGAAAGAAGGAGACAUUGCUAUCAAAAUCAGUGCCAAGCGGCCUUUUACCUUUUUCAAUCACUACUUGGAUGAUCCAGUGAAAACUGCUUCAACAAUCCGUGGAAACUUCUAUAUCACUGGAGACAGAGGGAGCAUGGAUGAGGAUGGAUACAUAUGGUUUAUGGGGAGGUCUGACGACGUCAUCAUCUCCUCUGGGUAUCGUAUUGGACCAUUUGAAAUAGAGAACGCCCUGAUAGAGCACCCAGCUGUUGCUGAGUCAGCUGUUGUCAGCAGCCCUGAUCCUGUCAGGGGAGAGGUGGUAAAAGCUUUUGUGGUCUUAUCUCCUUCUGUUAAGUCACAAGAUCCAAAGAAACUGACCUGUGAAUUGCAAAAUCAUGUUAAGAAAGUCACUGCUCCAUACAAGUACCCCAGAAAGAUUGAAUUUGUCCAGCAGCUGCCAAAGACAAUCGCUGGAAAAAUCAGACGGAAUGAACUGAGGAAGAAGGAGUGGGGACACAUUUAGUUUUGUUAGCCUAAAAAUCUUGUCCCCUCAUGCUGGAGCUUUUCCAUUACAAUUGCAAGUAUCAGCAUAGGAGUAUACUGCACUCAUUAGACAGGGAUUAUGUGAUAAUUUGCAAGCUUCAAAAAACCCAACUGUAUGGACUUUAAAUGUGUGUGUUCUUGCUUAACAAAAAAUCAAGCCUACUAACAAGGUAUAUGCAAACCCAGCAUCUUCUAGCCACCUAACACUUUGAGACCAGAUAUUUUAAUUCACAAGAGGCUUUAUUACAUUUAACAAGGAAAUCGUGAUAGCAGGUAAUGAAGUUCCCAGAGAAGGCUAUAGCUCUUGCAUGUAUCCAAAUUGAGUACCCUGCUUGUAUGAAUCUUGAAAGCCUCAAGAUUUUUAGGAAUGAAUGUAUUUACAAUGAAUAUUUACUAAGGUGAAUUAUGAAAAAACAGAAGUAGAAAAACGUGGAUAUCUUUAUAGGCAGCUUCUAAAUGUCAGACCUAAGCUUGACAAAUAAAUGGUGGCUGUUCGGCAGUUUCUUCUCAAGACCAGUAGAUCUUGCAUACAGUAGGGCUAGCGGUAGAAGGAAAAAAAACCCUGAACCAUCCAUGGGUCUGUCUUUGUCCUGGGUAAUGCAAGUAGGCCAUCUUUAAUCCUGAUCAUCAGCAUCACCCACCAAUAAACUUUCACAGCUGGC